GGCAGGCCUGUCUGUUCAGCGCGGCGCGCUGGUGCGGCGGCGGGCCGGUGGACGGUGCUGCGCGGCGCGGUGACCCGUCGGCCGGCGUCAGGUCACCUGUGCUGAGUGAGGACGGUGUGUGAUGGGUGAAGUGCUGGCGGCGCGCGCGGAGAUGAAACACUGUGGCGAUCGGAGACCCCCUGUGCCGCCGCCUCCCUCCAUGGGAAUGGCCAGCGCUAAAUACCAAGGUGCCGGCGUGUAUCGCCACUUGGCGUCUCCCGUGGGCGACUCGUGCCCGGUGUGCGGCAGCCCGUUCGACCAGGUGCUGCGGCGCAAGAUCACCGACUCCUGCGGCCACGAGCGCUGCUACAGCUGCAUGACCGGCUGCCGCAGCUGUCCGGCCUGCCUGGCCGCCGACCGUUCGCCACCCAUGUCUUCGGGUCGGACCGGUGUAUCCGGCGGCGGCGGCACGCUCGGUCACCACGGGCCCACACCAGUGCCGGGCAGGUCCAAACUGAAGACCAAUGGACACCUGGCCGGACUCAUACAGCGGCGGAGAGACAGCGGGGUCUCGCCAGUGCGACCUCCGCCCUGCGCCACCGCCGAGACGGACAGCACCAGCACCUACGGGGUCAGCGGCAACGGCGGCGGCCUGCCCAGCGGUCGAGGUACGCCGUCGGCCGCCCGGCGGAGGCCCGUGCACGGAACCAGUCCCCGGCUGGCGCGACUGCCGGCCACCCGACAGCGUCGCACGCACCGCUCGCCGGUCUCGGCCUCCGACAGACCCAAUACGCUCUCCGACACGGACGAUGAGGUGGCCUGUGCCGAGGACUCGGCUCUGUACGCGCGCCUGGGCCUGCUGCUCGGCCCGGACGCCGCCCAGGGGCGCCGCUCCAGCGGGUCAGCAUCCUCCUCUGGCCGCAGCCCGGCGCUGCCGCGGGCCGAGCGGGCCUCGGCCAGCACCAGUCCGGCGUCUACUCUCACCGGUUCCAGCGAAUCCGAGGGGACCAACCUGCGCAUGGAGCGCAGUCAGGAGAGUCUGGGCUCGCUGGCCUCCGUGUCGCUGUCCGGCUCCAACCCAUCAGCAAGCCCCCUGAUCUGCUCCCGGCGCGGCUCGCUCGGUGGCCGGGGACCAGUGGAUGACGUCAGUGGAUUCUCUGGGUCGCGGCAGCAGCAGGCGCGCCGGUCAGCGCGUUGUUCUCGGGUCACCGCCCCAGUCGACCCCAAAGCCCGGUACGCCCAGUUCCGGCCGCGGCAGCUGAGCCUGCAGCCGCUGUUCUUCGAGGUACCUCAGCAGGAGCAGGACCCGCUGUUCCUGGGCCGACACUGGCUGUUCGCCGAGCUGAGCCGGGCGCUGCUCGACUCGCCGGCGCGCGGCUGUCUCCUCACUGGUGGAGUCGGCACCGGGAAAACGGCUGCUGCUCUGCAGCUGGUCGAGCACAGCUGCUUCGGACGGCGGCCCGGCAGGCCAGAGCCGCUCUACGCAGAGGUGGGCUCGGCGGUCGGCCGGGAACGACCUCGCGUGGUUGUGGGCAGCGGAGGCCUCUAUUCCAACGUGUGCGUGAUUCCCGAGGAAGUGAGGAGUCUGGGCGGCCGGCUGGUCGCCUAUCACUUCUGCCAGUCGGACAACAGCGCCACAUGUCUGGUGCCGGACUUUGUGCACUCCCUGGCUGCGCAGCUGGUGCAGGCGCCGCAGCUGGCCGCCUACCGGGAGCUGGUGCUCGGCUCGCCGACGCUGCAGACGGUGCUGGCGCUGCGCUCGUGCGUGGCUGACCCGGCGGCCGCCCUGCAGCGCGGCGUGCUCGAGCCGCUGGCGUCGCUGCGCCACACCGGCAAACUGCCCGCGCACAUCUGCAUUAUUGUCGUGGAUGCCCUCUGCGAGGCCGAGUAUCAUAAACCAGAGUACGGCGACAACCUGGCUGCGUUCCUGGCCCGCCACCUGAGCAAGUUCCCCAGCUGGCUGAAGCUGCUGGUCACUGUGCGGACUCAGAUGGAAGGCAUCGUCAGCCGGAUGCCGCUGCAGCGGAUCAGCGUGGACCCCACGGACGACUCGGACGACACCCAGCGCGACCUCAGCGAGUACAUCUCCUUCCGGAUCAACAACUCACCCUCGAUCACCAGCAGCAUCCAGGUGGUGGGCGCCAAGGUGGAGGGAUCCGGCCAGUCGCGCUUCAUCGCCCACCUCGUCUCCCUGGCCAAAGGAUCCUUCCUCUUCGUCAAGCUGACGUUGGAUCUGAUCGAGAAGGGGAAGCUCGUCAUGAAGUCGUCCAGCUUCCGGGUGCUUCCUGUCAGUCUGAGCGAGCUGUUCCUUCUCAACUGCAACCUUCGCUUCCCGACACAACGCUCGUACGAGCUAGUGAAGCCUUUGCUGAGCGGCUGCAUCGCAAGUCUCCACCCCAUGAACGUCUACGAGAUGUUUGACGUUGCUAAUGCUGGCUGCACGAGCGAAGCGAUCUCGUGGGACGAUUUCAUGAGCCGACUCAAGAUCGUCUCUGGCUUCCUCAUCAAGCGCAUGGACGACACUUACAUGUUCUUCCAUCCGUCCUUCCGGGAGUGGCUGGUGCGCCGAGAGGAGAGUGAAAGUCACAAAUUCCUCCUCGAUCCCCGGAUCGGUCACGCCAGCCUAGCGCUGCGCCUCAGUCGGAUGGAAGCGCCCCUCGACCCGCAGAAAACACUCGAGAUGGGCCACCAUGUCCUCAAAGCGCAUCUCUACAAGAACGUCUCCCGCGAAGAGCUUCCUGUGGCUGCCCGUGAUCUGCAGGCCAUCUGGCUCGCCAGCGCUUCUGCGGACCUCUCCGGCGCCUUAGUCAGCGAGCGGAACGCCUACAGCCCCAACGUGAUGGUGUCGAAUCUCCUGUUGGUCGCCGGCGCCUCACCGGACGCCUGCCGUCCCCGUGACGGUGCUCCGCUCCUGGGUCUGUGUGCCACCCAGGGCUGUGAUGGAAUGCUCGAGCUGCUCAUCCGGUUUGGCGCCGCGGUGGACGCGCCGAACGGCCAGGGUCUGACGCCACUGAUGCUGGCGUCGGCCGGCGGACGGGCCGGUGCCGUACGGCUGCUCGUCGGUCACGGCGCCGCGGUCGGACGAAGGGACGGGGCGCGGCGCUGCGCACUCGUGCACGCUGCCGUCGCUGGCCACCUGGACGUGGUGGACUUCCUGCUGGGCUGCGACUGGACCUAUGCACGGGACGGCCUCGCCCUGACAGAGGCGGCGCAGCAGGCCCUGGUGGCUGCUGCCGGCAACGGACAUCACCAACUGACAGAGUAUCUCCUGGAUAUUGAAGAGGUGUCACUGGACGACUGCGACUCGCUGCACGGCGAGACGGCGCUGACCAUGGCUGCCGGCGCCGGCCACAAGACGCUGGUCGAGACGCUGCUGCGCCGCGGGGCUGACGUCAGCGCCACCAACUCGCAGGGAGCGCCGCCGCUGCUGGGCGCCGUCCGCGAGGGUCACUGGGACAUCUGCGUGGUGCUGCUGGCGGAGGGCGCACUGCUGGAGCAGACGGACCGGGCCGGCCGCACCGCACUGAUGCUGGCUGCCGGAGAGGGCCAUACCGGAGUGCUCGACCUGCUCCUCAACAAAGGGGCGUCGGUGUCCCGUCAGGACGCCGACGGUCUGACGGCGCUGGCCUGGGCGUGUCUGAAGGGCCGCGGCCGCGCCGUGCGCUCCCUGCUGGACGCAGGAGCGGACAUCGCGCACACGGACAGCGCGCGCCGCACGCCGCUCGACCUGGCCGCCUUCCAGGGCGACGCCGCCAUCGUCUCGCUGCUGCUGGACCGGGGCGCCGUGCUCGACCACGUGGACCGACGCGGUAUGACGCCGCUGGACCGGGCCAUCGCCUGCGCCAACGUACAGGUGGUGCAGUGCUUCCUGCGGCGGGGCGCCAAGCUAGCCUCCACCACCUGGGCCAUGGCCGACGGAAAACCAGAUAUCAUGUUUACGCUGCUGAGCAAGCUAAACGACGAUGGCAUGACACUGUACAGGAAGUGUCGCAUUCAAGAGGCUGACCAUCGCUUCACCUACGCCCUGAAGAAAUUCCCAGAGACCGGGAUGGAAGAGCAUGAUGACCUCUUCCGGAAACUGCAUGUCAACCUGCUGCUCAACCUGUCUCGGUGCAAGAGAAAGCUAGGUUUGCACAACACCUCAGCUGAGCUGGCAACGUUGGCGAUGUCCGUUCGUCCGGAGGCCUUCGAACCCUACUUCUUCCGAGCAAAAGCUAAACACGCUCAAAAACAGCUGGACGCAGCGCUGGCGGACCUGAACGAGGCGCUGCGGCUGGCUCCCCGACACCGGGAGGUACGUCGGACGCUGCUGCAGGCGCGCGACCAGCUCCGGCAGCCGGCCAACCAAUUCGGCUCGCUGGACGCCCUGGUGGCCGCCACCUGAGCCCUCCUCAGCGGCACCGCGCGGUGUGAAAAGAGCAGCGUGUGUCUCAACCAAGUGUUGUAUAAUGUGCCAAAGACGGAAGCCUGUGUCCCUGCAGUGCCAUUUGAAUGCACCACCGAUCUGUAUGUUUCUGCAGGUAGAUCACCUCAAAUAAGUCUUUGGCGAGGGUGUGAGCCAUCCCGUGGUGCCAACCAGACCGAACUGACGCGGUAUUGGUGUGCUGUAACUCCGCUGUGUUUCCAUCCGUCCGCUUAAAGUCUCUAUGGUGAGAUUUUUUUAGAAGCAGCUGUAAGUUCCCAUUACCUAUAUAUCGUUUUGUGGACUGAUUGACAUUGAGAAUGUUUCAUGAAUGCAGUGUUGAUUGUUACCUGCUUCCUGUUUGCAAACUGCCGGGUGGUGCAGCUAUUGCAGUAAGUUAAACGGUAGGAUUCCGGCAAUAGUGACUGCGAAGUUUAUGAAAAUGUUUGGCUUGCGCAGCGCCAUACGUGACACUCCUUUCAGUGUAGGGUCACAGCCAUAGCCAUAGUCCAGUAGUACACUAUGCUUGAAGAAAUCUGUUUGAUAUGAAGAUCUAGGUAAGACAUUCUUCGCCUGCUCCAGAAGGUGAAAAAUAGAGCGGCACAGUUUUAGCUAGUCUUUAGUUGCCAUCGACAGUCCGAAACCGGACGCUGUGCUUGCGUAUUGGAUAGAGGCCAGCCGGCCGUGGUGCGCGCGGCAUAAGCAGGUCUCCCGAGGCAUGUGGCGGUGGCCCACCCACCUGUUUGGUCGUGCUGUGUGAUAAGCGUAUGUCAGAGUACAUUCUUUGUUUUACUUCUACGUUCGCAUCGUGAUUAUGAGGAAUACACAAGAAAUGAAAACA